CAAUAGUAAAUUUAAAUAAAUGUGUAAUAUACAUGUUUGUAAUCUUUGCUCCGUCGAAGCUGUGACCGUAGAUUUUGUUAGUUAUGAAGGCAAGCUUUCCUCAGAUGACUACUCAAAACAAUUCCGAGCUGCGGUGACACGAAAAUUGCCAGAACUCGUUGCAGAACUAAACAAUUCUUCUGGGCAUCCAAUAAAUUGCCUUCUGUAUGACUCCCACUUGCCUUGGCUUCUAGACACAGCUAGGCAGCUUGGCCUCACUGGGGCUUCGCUCUUCACACAAUCAUGUGCUGUUGACAAUGUCUACUACAACGUUCAUGAGAUGCAGCUAAAGAUUCCACCAGAGAAGUUGCUGGUAACACUUUCACGUUUGCCAGCACUUUCACCACUGGAGAUUACCGAUCUACCAUCAUUCGUGCAAGGUAUGGAUUCAGAAUCAGAAUAUUCAUUUCUACUGAACCAUGUGGUCGGUCAGUUUUCGAAUUUCAGGGAAGCUGAUUGGGUCUUUGUCAACACUUUCAGCGCCCUGGAGGAAGAGGCAGUAAACUGGUUGGCAAGCCAAAGGUCAAUAAAGCCAAUAGGACCAUUGAUUCCAUCAUUUUACUUGGACAAGCAGCUGGAGGACGAUAAAGAGUACGGUCCCAGCCUCUUCAAACCCAAUCCGGACGGUUGCAAUGAGUGGCUAGAUUCAAAGGAAAAUGGCUCAGUGGGUUAUUUGUCAUUUGGAAGCAUGGCGGCACUGGGAGAGGAGCAAAUGGCAGAAAUUGCUUGGGGGCUAAAGAGGAGUGACUGCUGCUUCUUGUGGGUAGUCAGAGAAUCGGAAAGGAAAAAACUUCCUAGCAACUUUGUGGAGGAGUCAUCAAAGAAAUCUCUGCUUGUGACCUGGAGCCCGCAGCUAGAGGUUCUAGCUCACAAGUCUGUUGGUUGCUUCAUGACUCAUUGUGGGUGGAACUCAAAACUCGAGGCAUUGAGCUUAGGAGUGCCGAUGGUGGCAAUGCCACACUGGACUGAUCAACCAACAAAUGCAAAGUGCAUUGCCGAUGUUUGGCAUGCAGGCAUUAGAGUGAAGGAAAAUGAAAAGGGGAUUGUCACUAAAGAAGAGGUAGAAGGGUGUAUAAGGGAAGUCAUGGAAGGUGAAAGAGGGAAUAAGAUAAGAAGGAACUCUGAGAAAUGGAUGAAACUAGCUAAAACAGCAGUCGAUGAAGGCGGAAGCUCUGAUAAGAAUAUUACAGAAUUUGCAGCAGAACUUGCAAGGAAGUUCCAUGAAACCAAAGAUUCAAAAGUGUGAAAGCCUACAUAUGCAUGGCCUUAAAACUUUGAAUAUGCAUCUUAUUUAGUUGAUGUAGUUUGCCUCAAUCAUAUACUUGAUUACACAUCCACCAUAUGCAAAAGCAUGAUUUCUCAAUCUGAAGAAUAAACUUGCACAGAGCGUUUUAUUUCCAAA